UGCUAGAAAAAUGUAUUGUUCGUGUGAUAAGUUGAUGACACAUAUUUCACUUGUUUUGACCGCAUUCCUGCUGUUUUAUUUCAUCUGCCUGCCACCCCAUCUCAAUCAAGUGGAAGCCUCGGCCGAGGAUGAAGCUGUUGCAAAAUGGGCCAGUCAAUUUGGUGACGAACUGUGGGAGCUCGCCCAGAUAAUGACCAAAUCAAAAGAAAUUAAAGCGAAAUACAAAGAAUACAAUGCCCGUGUGGAGUUCAAAAAUGGCAAAGAGCUGAUACAAUCGAUAACGAAAAAUGUAGGCCGGAUGUUGGCCCGCAAGAUGGAGGCUGUGCGCUGUAUCAUGGAAAUGGCCGAGAGGGAAUAUGAAAAUUUUGUAUUUAACGAAACAGAGGCUGAGAAUUUCACAUAUUAUUCGAGUAAAUUUUCGAAAUUUGAAAAUCAUAGUUCGGAGGAGCUGAUUGGAGCCUUGGCAGAGACAAAUGCCAAUAUGUACAAAGAUUUUGAAUUGAAUCCAGAUACACAUUUCUAUAAUAUUUCAGUGGAUACGGAACAUAGUGCGGUGCAUGUGCCGUCGAAUGUUUAUGAUAAACAUCCCCCUGUUCUGGAGGCAAUUAUGUGGACUGAGGCCUUGGAUGAGAUUUUUAGGCAAAACUACAAAUCCGAUCCGGCCUUGUCCUGGCAAUAUUUUGGUUCGGAUACGGGUAUUUUAAGACAUUUUCCUGCCAUACAAUGGGAUGAAUCGGAUGAGGAUAGCAAUGCUGAUAUCUAUGAUUGCCGCAAGCGGUCCUGGUAUAUUGAAACGGCCACCUGUUCCAAGGAUAUUGUAAUUCUCUUGGAUAACUCAGGGUCCAUGGUGGGCUUCCCGCAGCAUGUGGCGAAAUUUACAAUACGCAGCAUUUUGGAUACCUUCUCCAAUAAUGAUUUCUUUACGAUUUUCAAUUACUCCGCUACGGUGGAUGAUGUUAUACCCUGUUUCAAGGAUGCCCUGGUCCAGGCAACCCCGGAAAAUAUUCGUGUUUUUAAUCAUGCCAUAAGCAAAUUAAAACCCACGGGAUAUGCAAAUCUGACAAUAGCAUAUACCAAGGCCUUUGAAUUGCUUAAAGAGUACUACAUAAAACGUGACUGCAACACGACCCACAAAUGUAAUCAGGCCAUUAUGGUGGUCACAGAUGGUGUGGCUGGCAAUACCACAGAAGUUUUUGAAACCUAUAACUGGGGUGAUGGUGAAAAUGGCACAAUGAGUAUGAAUGUUCGAAUAUUUACCUAUCUUCUGGGCAAGGAGGUUACCAAAGUCGAAGAAAUACAAUGGAUGGCAUGUUUAAAUCGAGGGUAUUAUUCUCACGUUCAGACACUGGAUGAGGUCCAAGAUGAAUCGUUGAAAUAUGUAGAUGUCAUAGCAACACCUCUGGUACUGCAAGAUGUCGAUCAUCCGCCAACGUGGACCCAUGCAUUUACGGAUAAAACGUAUAAACCCGAGGGAAAUUCUACAAAUGCCCGUCUAAUGAUCGCAGUGGGUGUACCGGCCUUUGAUCGUUCCUAUUUGAAACCGAAUUCAACGAAAAAGGCUCGACUAUUGGGUGUUGCUGGCACCGAUGUCCCAGUGGAGGAUAUUGAUAAGCUGACUUUACCAUAUAAGCUGGGUGUAAAUGGUUAUUCAUUUGUGGUCUCUAAUAAUGGUUAUGUGCUGCUGCAUCCCGAUCUAAGGCCUAUUGGGUACAACGGAGUCAUGAAUCCCAAUUACAAUAGCAUCGAUUUCACCGAGGUGGAACAACUUUCUGAAGAUGAUAUACCACGUGAACCGGGUCCCUUGAUUUUAAAAUUACGUGAACGUUUGGUGCACAAUGAAACAGGAGAACUCAUAGGCAUCAGCGUUAAAAUGCAUUAUGAUAAAAUGCGUCGUGUCAUCGAUCAGCAGCAAGAUUAUUUCUUUGCUCCCCUCCCCAAUACCCCCUUUAGUUUGGGAAUUGUCCUGCCCAGUACCUAUGGCAAGACGUGGAUUAAAGUCGGCGAUGAAGUUUUAAAAAAUAUUCAUAUGAAAGUGAAUAUAUCGGAUUUCUUUACGGGCGACAAUUGGAAAGUGCAUCCCGAUUGGGUCUAUUGUAAAUAUCAUUAUUUGGAGGGGCAUGAAUUUAAAACGCCCGAAGAUGAGCUGCGACAUUUUUUGAAGAAAAUGGUCCAACCCGAUUGGGGUUGGUAUGAACAGUAUGAGGAUGAUGUGGAUAGUGAGGGGAAUGGAAACUGCAGCCGCACCAAUCUGGAUGAGGAUGCUUAUUAUUGCAAUAAGGAGCUGGUCCAGUUGCUAAUUUUCGAUGCCAAGGUGACCUAUUCCAGUUAUGGGGUUUGGAAAUUUAAAAACGAUGAAGAACGUGCCCUGAUCGAACGUUUUGGGGCCAGUCAACGUUUUGUGGCCACAAUGAGCGGUCUAACUCGCUGGCAAUUUAUCUAUGCCGAAGAGGAAAAUAAUAAUGAUCGGGAAUUUGGUGAUUAUCAUACAAAGGCCAUUGAUGAGACCUGGUAUCGUAGUGCCAUUUUGCAACAUCACUCAGAGCUAACGGAAACCUUUGUCUAUUCGGUCAAACAUGCUGCCGAUCCUCAGGAGCACAAACAGCUACAGGUAAUGGCUUCACAUGCCAUAUUCCCCAGGGAUGGUGGCAAAGAGGCCCCAGCCUGUGUGGUGGGUUUUCAAUUCUCCUAUGCCCUGAUGUAUGAGAGAUUCUACAAUAUCACGAGUAUGGAUAAUUGCAAUGGCUGCAUAAAGACCUGCAACAGCGAUGAAAAGGAAUGCUAUGUCAUUGACAAUAAUGGCUAUAUAAUAUUGGCCCAUAACCCCAACCACACGGGUAUCUUCUUUGGGGAAUAUCAUGCCGAAAUUAUGCAGGCCAUGGUGGAUGCAAACUAUUUUAAGGAGAUUAUUGUCUAUGACUAUCAAUCACUGUGUCCGAAUAGCACAGAUCGAUUCAAUGAUGCCAAUACCAUGCUACAUCCCCUGCAACUGCUGAGCAUGGCCUGGAAAUGGUUGGUGGCCAAGGUGUUUUGGCAUUACAGUCGCAUACAAAUGUGGGCCCAGGGAGCACCAUAUCUCGAUUACAGCGACAAUGUAGAAGAUGACUACAGCGGCCUAAAUGAACCCUAUGUAGAGGUAAAACCCAAGAGUGAAAGUGAUGGCGAAGAAAAGGAACACAUUUUCCAUGAACCCCCACCAGAACCAGUCUAUGUACCAUGCGAUAAGAAAGUGCGCCUCUUCACCUUAGACCCCGUGGAGGUACAAAAGGAACGUGAUUUUACACAUUUACCCAAUAGCCGACCUUUCCACGUCAAGAAAAUACCCAAUUCCAAUCUGCUGCUAAUAGUUAUAGAUGUGCUGAAACCCUCAAAGGGUAACAUUGAUUUAUCAGUUGAACCCACCAUGGUGGUAUAUGAUACGGAAUUUCCCUGCUAUAAAUUGAAUAUGAGUUUCUAUGAACGGCGCCGCAUCGAGGAAUGUUUUACGGAGGAUGAAAAUGAGGCCCUUUAUACCUAUUGUGGAGAUGCUUCAUCAAUUACCUUUAGCAUGAUCCUCAUGACCAUAGGAAUGACAAUUGUAUUAAUGGUGCGUUUGUUGCAGGCCUAA